AUCCCAAAAUAUUCCCAUUAAAACGGCGUCGAAUAAGUUGGCCCGAAAUUCGCCAUCUGGUGAAUCGGAAUCCCGAGUUCACCUGGUUUCUGCACAAUCUCGUCCCACCCAGAGAGAGUGAGUGGGUGAGAGAGAGAGAAACCCUAGGAGCGAGAGCGGGAGAAAAUGUCAUCGACGCUGCUGGAAGUGACGCGGGCGGCGCACGAGGACGUCGAGAGGCUGGAGCGGCUGAUAGUGAAGGACCUCCAGAACGAACCUCCCACCACCAAAGACCGCCUCUUCCAGAGCCACCGCGUCCGCAACAUGAUCGACCUCAUCUCUUCCACCACUAAUAAACUCGUUGAGAUAUAUGAAGAUAAGGAUAAUGCAAGGAAAGAUGAGAUUGCGGCUCUUGGUGGUCAGACCGCGACAGGGACAAAUGUUUUCAGUGCAUUUUAUGACAGAUUGAAAGAGAUCCGUGAGUACCAUAGAAGGCAUCCAGCUGCACGUGUUGUUGAUACUAACGAGGAUUCUGAGGAGCUGCUCAAAGAGCAACCUCAAAUUGAGUUUAGUGGCGAGGAAGCCUUUGGACGUUAUCUAGACAUGCAUGAAUUAUACAAUGACUACAUCAAUUCGAAAUUUGGAGAGCCCAUAGAGUACACUGCGUACCUUGAUGUUUUUACACAGCCACAUAAAAUUCCUCGCAAGUCAAAGAUGACGAGGCAAUACUGUGAUUAUUUAGAGAAGCUGCUCGAGUACCUGAUAUACUUUUUUCAGCGUACAGAACCCUUGCAAGAUCUUGAUAGGAUAUUCUCAAAGGUUAUAACUGAUUUUGAAGAUCAAUGGGCAAAUGGAAGGGUACCGGAAUGGGAGAAUGAGGAUCAAGAAAAUGGUCAUGUUCCAGCUCAACAUACCGUGAUCGAUCUCGAUUAUUACAGUACAGUCGAAGAACUGAUAGAAGUGGGGCCAGAAAAGUUGAAGGAGGCAUUGGUUGCAUUGGGGCUAAAGACAGGGGGCACUGUUCAGCAGCGUGCAGAGAGACUUUUCCUUACAAAGCAUACGCCUCUUGAACAGUUGGACAGGAAACAUUUUGCGAAAGGUUCACGUGGAUCACAACAGAAUGGUGUUGCUGCAACUCUACAACUUCACAAUUCAAAAGAAAUAGCCCUGAUGGAGGCUAAAAUGGAAAAGCUUUGUGAAUUACUUGAUGAGACAAUUGUGCGAACAAAAGAAAAUAUUGAGAAGAAACAGGCAUUGACAUACGAGGAAAUGGAAGCAGAACGUGAGGAGGAAGAGAUACAAGCUGAUACUGAAAGUGAUGAUGAUGAGCAGCAGAUCUAUAAUCCCCUCAAAUUGCCAAUGGGUUGGGACGGGAAGCCUAUACCUUAUUGGUUGUAUAAGCUUCAUGGCCUUGGUCAGGAAUUCAAGUGCGAGAUAUGUGGGACCCACAGUUAUUGGGGGCGUAGAGCUUAUGAGCGGCAUUUCAAGGAAUGGCGUCAUCAGCAUGGGAUGCGUUGCCUUGGGAUUCCAAAUACCAAGAACUUCAAUGAGAUCACAUCAAUCAAGGAAGCAAAAGAGCUGUGGGAGAAAAUACAAGCACGGCAAGGAUUGAACAAGUGGCGGCCUGACUUGGAAGAAGAAUAUGAAGACAAAGAGGGUAACAUUUACAACAAAAAGACAUAUACUGAUCUCCAGCGCCAAGGAUUGAUUUAAGAAAGGACAGAUGGAGUUAAUUGCAUGUGCAUCUAAGCUCCAUAUCUGAAGUGCACAAACACUAGAGUGCUCGGUUAUGAGAAGAAAGCAUUUCUGAUUGUCUUGUAGAACUUCAGUAGUCAAUUUAAUGCGUUGUCGACAUUUAUUC